AUGCUUUAUGUAGGUGACUACUCUGUUAUAUAUAACAAGAAAACGAUAUUGCCAAAACCACAAAGUCUAAACCCGACAUUUGUACAUAUUAGCAACCUUGCAAUGAAUUCUUUGUUUGUUUGUUUGUUUGUUUGUUUGUUUGUUUGUUUGUUGUUGUGUCCUUUUAUUUGUUGGCGUGAAAAACGCGCUCCGUGUUUAUGUAUUUCCGCAUCGGGUGCGUGUUUUCCUCUGGCCGAGGUGGAAAAAAGCGGAAGGGGGUAUCCAGCGCGUUCUGACCGUGAAGCUGCCGGUUCCAGAUCUCUGGGUAAAAACAAACGUGAUCACGUGGCCUUUAAGCAAUUUGUAUGUACGUCACGUGUAGAGAAACAUUGCCGGAAAAAUGAAAACAAAGUUAAAUAUGAAGAUCUAUUUAUAAAUGGGGUAAACGUAUGUUUAAUAAUACCAAAUUCAUUGGUGUGA